GCCUUUCUAUCAAGCGGUUUGUCAGCCCGUUCUAAGUCCCUUUCGUUUUCUGUUUUUUUUUCACCCACUUCUCCAAUGUCCUUCGGACAGGUAGUGCUAGGACCGCCCGGGUCCGGAAAGACGACCUAUUGCCACGGAAUGAAACAAUUCCUGACGGCUCUGGGAAGAAAAGUGGCCAUCAUCAACCUCGAUCCGGCCAACGACACGGUGCCAUACGAGCCAAACGUUGAUAUCUCCUCGCUGAUCACAUUGGAAGACGCCAUGUCUGAGUUCGGAUUAGGUCCCAACGGAGGACUGAUGUAUUGUAUGGAAUAUUUGGAAAAAAACGUUGAUUGGCUGCAAAGUGAAUUGGAAAAAAUUCAGGACCAGUAUCUGUUGUUUGAUUUUCCCGGACAGGUUGAACUGUUUACACAUCAUGAAUCCACCAAAAAGAUAAUAGGAUUUUUGCUGAAAAAAGGGGGGAACCGAUUAGCCUGCCUUCACCUCGUAGAUUCUUAUUAUUGCAGUUCUCCUUUCAUCUACCUGAGCGCCAUCCUGCUCUCACUAUCUACCAUGCUUCACUUAGAACUCCCACACAUUAACGUUUUUAGCAAAAUAGAUAUGAUAGAAAAGUUCAAAAGGUUGGAUUUUAGCCUAGAAUUUUAUGCAGAUGUGGUAGACAUGUCUCAUCUUGCCAACAUUCUAGAAUACGCCGAACCCUCGCCGUCAAGGUUCAAAAAAAUGACCCAAGCUCUGUGUGAAAUUAUCGAAGACUUUUCGCUGGUGUCUUUUACCACUUUGAAUAUCCAAGACAAGAAAAGUAUGGCCGAACUCGUGAAACUCGUCGACAAAACUAACGGAUACAUAUAUGCCUGUAGCUCGCCUCAAACUAUGUUAGAAAACAUCACUUCAGCUGACGUCGAUUUCGAAUACAACAGGAUCGCCGCCAUACAAGAGAAAUACAUGGACAACGAAGAAGAAGAGGAAGAUGAAUAAGGGGAAAAAAAUAAAAUCCCAUAAACUAUUUUUAAACCAUUAUUAUAAAAGAAAAUAAAACAAUCAACUCUAUCAUCUA